GUGAGUGUGAUAAUCACUCUUGCUGCUCGUGGUGUCUGUUUGUUUGUUCCGGGAUGAACGCGCCGCCGGCUUUCGAGAGCUUUCUGCUUUUCGAGGGAGAGAAGAAGAUAACCAUAAUAAAAGACACAAAAGUGCCAAAUGCCUGCUUGUUCACCAUUAACAAGGAGGACCACACCCUGGGUAACACAAUCAGAUCGCAGCUGCUGAAAGAUCCUCAAGUGUUAUUCGCAGGUUACAAGGUGCCCCAUCCUCUUGAACACAAAAUUGUUAUUCGUGUGCAGACGACUCCUGACUACAGUCCACAAGAAGCCUUCACAAACGCCAUCACCGAUCUGAUCAGCGAACUGUCACUAUUGGAGGAACGGUUCCGAGUGGCCAUCAAAGAUAAACAAGAAGGAAUUGAAUAAGUUGCCAUAUUUUGAACAUCAACAUGCAGGUGGUUUCCUUUUAGGUCAGAUGACCCUUGUGUGUAAUAAAAGCAAAGUACUACAGAUGCUGGAAAUCUGGAAUGAGCAUGAAAAAUGCUCGAGAAACUCGAUCUGGCAGCAUCUGUGGAGAGAGAAGCAGAGUUAAGCGUUUAAUGUGAUUUCUUCAUAAGUGAAUUUCUGUGUAGUCAUACUGGAGUCAACAUUAAUUCUGCCUUUUUCUCUCUGUGUCUCUCUCUCCACUCCUUGUAUGCAUUUUUUUAAACAUUAGAUCAUUGUUUCAUCUGUGGUUUGCUGUAUAGGAAAAAAAUAAAGCUCUGACUCAAUUA